CUGUGACACAGACUUGUCAAAGUAAAUUUUGGAGCAACUUAUUUCGCAUUAUUGGUACAAAAAAAAUCUGUUACUCCGUAUCGGCUGUGAGAAAAGCAGUGUAAACCCUCCUCAUCGUAUUUUUUAAAUGUAUAGUAGCGAAUAUUAAAAAAUAUUAAGGACAACAAAAUGAUAACACUAAAUAGAAAAUUCAAAAAGGAACAUACGGAGGUUCCCAAUGGUGUUAUUGAGCCGUUGAGAAGGAUAUCAGUGAGAGACAAAUUAUUAGUUAAGGAAGUGCAGGAGAUGAACGAAAACCUUCCCGCGACGUGUUCAAUUAAUUUUGAAGACCCUAAUUUAUUGAGUGAAUUUAUUUUGACAGUUAGUCCUGAUGAGGGCUAUUGGGCUGGAGGCAAAUUUAAAUUUAGUAUUUAUGUGACUGAGGAUUAUAAUAUGGCGCCACCAAAAGUAAAAUGUUUGACCCGUCUUUGGCAUCCUAAUAUUAAUGAAGAUGGAGAAAUAUGUCUAUCGCUUCUACGACAAACCUCAAUAGAUGAACAUGGGUGGGCACCGACCAGGAGGCUCAAGGAUGUUGUUUGGGGACUGAACUCUUUAUUUACUGAUCUCCUUAAUUUUGAGGACCCUCUGAACAUACAAGCAGCCGAGAUGUAUAAGAAAAAUAAAAGUGAAUUUCAAACUAAAGUACAGGAGUAUAUAUCUGUGUCGAAGGGGAAGAGAUGAGGUUUACUCUCCCGUGUUAGGUUUAACAAUAACUCAUAGUGUGCACUCUAAAGGACAACAGUUUACAACAAUAGUCUUAGUGACAAAUACUCCAAAACAAAGUGAUACAUUAAUAGAAAAUAAAUUAUGUUUGUGAAGAAA